UGACCUCCUGCCAAAUGUCUUUCUCUCUAAAUAAUGAAAAAUGAGCCCUGGACUAGGAGCGUGUCAUGAUAGAUAUCAACGUGUCAGCUAUUGUGCGUUAUUGCUAAUUAUAUCUGCUGAGUCUCUGAAAACUUUGUGCAAUGCGAGAUAAAUUAUCCUUAGUGAAUGUUUCAUACACAAAUGUGUUUUAAUACCAGUCAGCAGCUAAUCAUCCAACUCGUUACUCACUUUCCCCCUGUGGAAGAGGAGCAAGAGCAAGAAAAUUAAUGGAUAAAAAUAUAGUUGAAUUAGCGAAGAAGAAGAAAAGAGAAAAACAAAACAAAUGAUGAAAAUAGUUCACUAUCUGCUACUUUUAGACAGAUGCCAGUCAGUCCCUGAGUAAUGUCUGCUUUCCUCAAAACCCCUCUCCUCUCAGUUUUAUUGCUGAGUAUGUUGUUGUGUGACAUAGAAUAUUCCUUUUGUUGGUUGGGGUCAGCUGUUGUGGCUGUGUCCCUUGUCAUCUUUUUUGCACACCCCAACCUUCUCACUGUGGGGAGAAAGAGAGCCUUAGAACUAUCCAAGCACUGUUUAGCAACAGCCAAAAUGGUGAUUUAUUUUGGGCACAAAUCCAAAAUGUAUCACUAUACAGUCCAGUAUGAAGAAAAUAAAAUCCAUCAUAGCCAGAUCUGAAGUAAGAAGCUUGCAUGUUCAUCUGGAAAUUGUUGGUAUGGUCAGAAUUGCAACAUAUUUAUGGUGUUGCAGGUGAAGAUUCAUGCUGGCCCAAAAUUUGCCUCUUACUUGACAUUCAGCCCCUCUGAAGUGAAAUCUCUCCGCACUGAAUAUGGGGACCUGGAGUGCUGCAUUGAGGUUGUGGACAGUGUCCCGGAGGCUGUUGAACAUAUCCACAAGUAUGGAAGCUCUCACACGGAUGUUAUCAUCACGGAAAAUGAGAAAACAGCAGAGUUCUUCCUCCAGCACGUGGACAGCGCUUGUGUUUUCUGGAAUGCCAGCACCCGAUUCUCUGAUGGAUAUAGAUUUGGACUUGGUGCUGAAGUUGGAAUUAGUACUUCUCGUAUCCAUGCACGUGGACCAGUAGGAAUUGAAGGACUCUUAACUACAAAGUGGCUGUUGAGAGGGGACAAUCAUGUUGUUUCUGACUUCUCAGAGCAUGGCAGCAUGAAAUAUCUUCAUGAGAACCUCCCUCUGCCUCACAGAAGUACCAGCUAAGAUCACUGAGGAGGAAAACCAGGGUUAAAAUGUUUAAUGAAGAUGUUCAGGCUCCAGUGCAUUCUCUGAGGAUAGAGAUUUGCUUUUCAUCUCCAGGAUCAUUGUUCUUAAUCACUGUGCAGUCCAUGGAAUAUGUUGUGAUCCUAUCUGUGACAUACUUGAUGUGUUGCUGCCUUCUGCUAUUUCCUUUGGUAGUAUCUGCAAAUAGACUUUGUUUUUCCCAGAGACCUUUUUUGAAACAUACAUUUUCUUCUAGGAAAAGUUCAAAUAUCUGCUGCGUUCUUUUCAUUCCAUUGUUCCCUCUGGCAAAUAUGUAUGGUGGUGGGGGAGUAUACAUUUUUUAACCAAGGUCUUUGUUUAGUUGAAACAUUUGUUUUAUUGAACAAACUUGGUAGCUUUUCUUCAGUCAUGUGAUCAUGGCAGCUCUUGAAAGCUCUAAAGCUUUGAUGAUUAUUUUCUUAGUUUUUGAUUACACUUGAUUACUAUGCAUUUGGAACGUACCUUUCACUAAUGUUCUGAUGGAACAAUCUUUUAUAUCUGAUUUUGUUGUUUUUGUUGACAGUCGUAGAUAAAUAACACAAUGGUAUACAAUGUGAAUUUUGUUACCUGUUUGUACUAGAUGUUUAUUUCUCAUUGGUUUUAUAUGAAACAAUCCCAGUAACUGGAUCACCCAGACAUAAUGCAACUUUGAAGUUUAGAAAAAAAUAUGUUUGAGUAAAAGCUUCCGUACUGAAACAAGUGAGCAUGCAAGCACACACUGCGGUCAGAGGCUCAGUGCAGCACUCCAGCGACUGGGGCAGUUGGAGCAUCGUGGCAAACCCUUUAGGUGAUGAUGGGGGACUGUGGGGGCUCAGUGUGUAGUUGAAUGCAUCUGAGGUCCAGUAGGGCACAGAGGGAAACCAAUGGAGAACCCUAGAGCACACUGAGGAGCUGUGAGAGGGUUAUAGGGUGCUGUAGGAUGUGUCUAGAGCUCCCUAGAGCAUGCUCAGUAGCUCUGGGACGUUUCUGGUUAUCUCUAGAGUUCACUGCGUGGCCCUGAAAGGGCACUGGGUUCCAUGAGAGUGUUCUACAAUGUCCAAAAGUCAACUAGGGGACCCUUGGAAACUUCUUAGGAAGUCUCUCAGAGGCCCUAGAGCAUAGGAGCAGAUUGCAUUACAGCUGAUUGGCUCUAGAGGGUUGGUAAUGAAAUUGCUCUAUUCAACAUUUAUUAAAGAUCUCUUCUUUCCAA